CAUGGCUAAUACGGCUGCGAGAUUUUCCUCGACGAUGAAAAAGAAGUUCUCUGUCCCGAGCUAUAUACGUCGUCUACAAGUAGGAAGGUCCACGGGAAGCACCGCUUUGCUCUUAUAUUUGUUUAUUCAUUGCCGUACUAGCCUACUAGGCCACUGAGGCCAGGCGACCGCUGUCCAUGGUGUCUCAAUUUGACCGCCAAUUCCGCGCGCCUGAGAAUGGGCAACAACAUCAUGUUCACCGCAACGACAAAAUUUGCUUUCUUAUUUUGCACAUCCGACAAGUCGUCCUCGAACGGAAAGACCUUGACAUUCAGCACAAGGAAGCAGCAAUGGUGUUGGAAGAGAGCAGACUACCGGAGGCAGCACCCAGCGAGACUCCCUCCCAGGCCGUCGAGGAUGAAAGCUCCGCGGUCACUGGCUCAGCAUCGACAGACGACGCGGUGGACGCGGAAGCCGAAAAACACGAUCAAGUCGAUGUCGUAGCAGACGAUGGUGACUUUGACAAUGACGACGAGGAAUGGGACACGAAUGCAGACGUGCCCUACGUGGCGUUGAGUUCAGGCAGUCUUUCGGAUGACGAGGAGCUCGACCCUGCAAGUGCAGAACUCGAUCGCGAAGAGGAGGCUGAGAGGUGUCCGGCUCCGUUGACGAUAACCGUGUCGAAGGAAGCGAUGAUGAGUGAAAAUGACGUUGCGACCAUUUCUUCCGUGAUGGCAUCCUUCAGUUUUCCAGCGUCUGCUAUUCCAGCAUGGGCAAAAGAUGUCCCGGAGGAAACCUGGAUGCCGAAAGUUCUCUACGGCGCCGAUCCAGCAUCCCGGUGAUGUCGCCUUCGCCGCGAUCCAUACUGCCGAUAAACACAUACACACUCGGACUAGGAACGCCGAGCUUUCUAUCCGAAGAGCUGAAGCAGCUCGUUGACCGAGAGCUUCUGGUUCUUCUUGCCCUUCGUGUUACCUAGCGCCGACUCGAUCAUCGUUCGCUUCAAAGG